AUGCUCCCCUUUCUCUCUCACUACCGCCCUUUCUUUUUAACUACCUAUUUUCCUUAUCUGUUUUGUUUUCUCUCUUCUACUCGCUGUUUCUUCUUGUCCAUCUCACACACAGCACUCCCGCUUGCGUUCUCACUCCCACCCUUUCUUUUAUGCGCUAUUUUUCUUAUCUUUUACUCCUGUUUUUCUCACUCACAAAUUCCUUUUUGGUUCCUCUCUCACUUCUCUGUAUUUCUAUACCCGCCUCCUAUUCUCUCUCAGGCAUCUUUUGGUUUACCUCUCCCUCUUUUACUCUAUCUCCCACUCCUUCUUCUCUCUUUCGUGUUAUUCACUAAUACUUUUUUUGCACAUAUAUCCCUCCCUCCCUCUCUCUCUAUCAUAUUAUUUUCUUUUGGCAUUGUUUUCUUUUUAUUUUCUCGUUCAUUUUUUACGUCUUUCCUUUCCUUCAUUUUUUCAGUGAUUUAUUCUUUCUUUCUUUUACAUUCUCGUUUCUUUCGUUUUCCUUGUUAUGUGAUCCACCUUCCCUUUCUUCUUUCUUUGUCUUCAUUUUUUUCUUUCAACAUUCUUUCCUUCCUUCCAUCCUUCAUUCCAUCCUUCCAUUUUUCUUUCUUUCUUUCUUUCUUUCUUUCUUUCUUUCUUUCUUUUUUUCUUUAUUUUCUUUAUUUAUUUAAUUAUUUCUCCAUUCAUUCCUUCCUUCUUUCUUUACUUUCUUUCUUUCCUCCUUCGCUUCGUUCUUUAUUUUUCUUUCUUUCACCAUUCCUUCCUUCCCCUCGUUUUUUAUUUUUCUUUCUUUCUUUCUUUCUUUCUUUCUUUAUUAUUUUUCUUCAUUUUUUUUUCUUUUUUCUUUCUCCCUUCCUUCCUUCUUUUCUUCCUUCCUUUCUUCUUGAAUUAUCACCCACGUUCUCUUUCCUUCGGAGCUCCUCUCCUUUUCAUCUUUCUCAUAUUUCCUUCAUUUUUUUUCUUGUUCUUUAUUUCCUUUUUCUUUCUUUUAUUCUUUUAUUUUCUUCAUUCCUUUCCUCUCUGACUUUCUUUCUUUGCCUAUUCUUCAGUUUUUCCAUUCCUUUGCUUUCUUUAUCUAUUUAUUUCGGUGCUGUUGCCUGGUCAGAAUUUAAGUCAUAUUUUGUUCCUAUGUAA